AUGUCGAGCAGUAGAAUUAUCCCGCGCCAGUAUUUGAAAGAGUGGUGCAUGCAAGCUGUGUGCGAAAUCGUCGACGCAGCCCCCGAGCAGUCUUGCGUUGUUCUGUUGAUCGCCUCGGCCCUGGCUGUGCAACACGCUGCCCCCGUGACAUUGUCGGUGGUGUGGGCUGCCAAGUCGCCGCCUGCCGUCAGCCCGGGACGCCGGAGCUGCGGGAGAAUCGGGAGCGUUAGAGCCUGGGAUGCUGCUGAUCAGUUCUGGCCGCCGAGCAACAUCAUCCCAACAGCUUACAAUUGCCACGCCGGCCGACACCCCUGA